UACAAGAACUCGACGCCGCUCGCGGGCCUGCUGCGCACUCCUGCGCCGGUCGACUGCCCGUCCUGCGGAACCAGGGCUCUGACGAGCACGAACUUUGUAUCUGGCGGCACCACGCACGCUUGGGCCGCCGGUCUCUGCCUCUUCACUCUUCUGUGCUGCAUUCCCUACUGCAUCAACGGCACCAAGAACGUCGAGCACAGGUGCGGCAAGUGCGGCGUCCUGCUUGCGACCUGGCACCGCAGCGGCAGCACCGAGGUCCACCUCCAC